AUUUUUUGUUUUACUCCUUUUCUUUUCACAGAAACCUUUUUUCAUGACGGCAAAAUUGUAUGUCGCCAUAUGCCAUCAGGAAGACUUUCUUUAAUGGAUUUGGAACCUGCCUACAAAAUGGAGAUCAUAAGAGCAGUCCAAGAUAUUCAGCAUGAAUUUUGGCCUCUUGAUGAAAUAAAUCUAGAGAAUGCUAAGUUCCCCUGUUGUUUAGUUUGGACUCCUCUACCAGUAGUCUCAUGGUUGGCACCUUUCAUUGGACAUGUAGGAAUAUGCAGAGAGGAUGGUUCUGCCGUGGCCUUUUCUGGUUCCAACUUUAUUAAUGUUGAUGAUUUUGCAUUAGGUUCUGUGGCCAAAUACCUUCAACUAGACAGAAAACAGUGCUGCUUUCCGCGAAACCUUGCUGCACACACAUGUAAGCAUGGCUAUAAACACACAGAGUUUGGGUCUGCAAUUUCUUGGGAUGAUGCCAUCCAAUCAAGCGUUCGUCAUUUUGAGCACAAAUCGUACAAUUUAUUCACUUGCAACAGCUAUUCUUUUCUUGCUAAUUGUUUGAACAAGCUCUGCUAUGGUGGAUCAAUGGAUUGGAACAUGAUCAAUGUUGGUGCUCUUUUAUUGUUCAAAGGACAUUGGGUUGACAACAUGUCAAUCUUGAGAUCAUUUUCACCUUUUAUGCUAGUUGUAUGCUUUGGCAUUUUCAUGGUGGGAUGGCCUUUUUUGGUAGCAUUAUUGGCUUUCUCACUUCUUCUUUUAGCAUGGUUUAUUUUUGGCACUUGCUGUCUCAAAAAUAUGUUGGAUUCCUAGGUUUCUUGUAUCACAUUGCUACAAGAUUAAAAUUUGUUAAUCCUUAA